AUGUGGUCCUCACAACUUUUUGCGUCGCUGCUCGUCUUGUCGAACGUUUUCCUGCACUGUUGCGGACUAACGGACGUCACGGAGACCGUCUUCCCCAACCACCUGAACCACGGCACCAUAGCUGCGGUCGGCGACUUCAACUCCGACAAACAAACGGACCUGUUUGUUUUGACCAACCAGGGACGGCACCUGGACAUCUUACUGAUGAAAGACAAGCAUCCCCAGUACUUCGAGAAGGACAGACGGCUCCAGCUGGACAUGAAUGAGACCAUGACAGGUGUUGUGCCAGGUGACUAUGAUGGAGACUCACAGAUGGACAUCCUGGUGACGACCAUGCCUAGCAACACCAUGGCAACCAAAGUGCACAUCUUCUGGGGGAGGACAAAAUCAAUAGGUGCCUCUGUCACCCUGCCAGUGUCCUUUACAGACGAACCCUUGGUGAUGGAUUCCAAUGGUAACAUGAUUCCAGACAUCUUUGGAGAAACGGUGGAGGGUCAUCGGGUAUUCUGUGAAAUUCUAGACAGAAAUCAAGGCAAUGUGAGCUGUCAGCCCUUAGACGGGCGCAACGAUACCCUGUUCCUGCCGCUCAGACGUCCGCACUCCAACGCUUUUCUGGACCUCGUCGGAACCAACCGCUUUCCUGAUCUGUUGCUCACAACAAGAAAUGAGUCUUCCUCCACAUUCUCGUUUGAAGUGUGGGAAAAUCAGAAUGGAGUAUUUACCUGGGAUGGACAACACCUCUAUCCACCUCCAGGUGUGACCAUAGCCCACAUAGGACAGUCAGCUUUUGCAGACAUAGAUGGCAAUGGGAAACAAGACCACCUCCUGCCCAUAUGUGAGACUGCAGACUGUCACCAGAGUUCUGUCUAUGCCUAUCUGGAUAAUCAGUGGUCUCUGGUACUGAAGUCGGCUGCCUGGGAUGACGUGACCUGGGGAUUUGUGCCCCCCACUGUCGGCCACCUGCCCAUCACCCUCCGUAUGGGGGACCACAACCUGGACGGGUACCCUGAUGCCCUGGCUGUCAUACAAGUCCGCACUGAUAAGGGUCCUGAGAGGAGGGCAGCACUCCUGAUCAACAGUCCCUGUGUGGAAGCUGGCAGCUGCACACCUGGAGGCAGAACCUUUACUGUCCAGCCUAUCACUGGUGUACCAAACGUCACCGUCGCUACCUUCUUCGACUUGUUUGAAAAGGGUGUGUUGGACAUCGUGCUGAUGAGUGACCAGGGACAGGGGAAGGACUUCCAGCUGCACGCUCUGGAGAACAGCUUCAGCGAGGAUGUCUGUUUCCUCAAGAUUAUGGUGUUGAGUGGACUGUGUUUCUCUGACUGCAAGUCUGGCAAGCCAUACGGUGUGAACCAGCCUGGUCCUUUGGUGUGGUACAAAACAACAGGGUCAGAUGGAACCACACAGACAAGCUCAGCUGCCCAGCUGAGUCAGACGGCCCACCUGGCCCUACAGCUGCCCUACACCGUGUUUGGGCUGGGGAGAACUCCCAACUUUGUGGAUGAACUCUGGGUGGAAAUACCCGCACCACCUGGCAAAGAACCACGUGUGCGACGCUGGACCUCCAUCAUUCCCAACUCUCAACUCAUCAUCAUCCCACAACCCAUGGACCAGCCAGACCAGUGGUUGAACAAGUUACUGGUGACCCCCGGCCAACAGGCCCUGCUGACAGCUGGUGCACUGUUGGGCACCUGUAUGUUCAUAGCUGGGAUCGUGGGAGGGCUGCACUGGAAGGAGAGGAGACAUGACCAGAAGGAGAGAAGACAAGAGGCUCAUCACUUUCACUUUGAGGCUCUGUAACCAUAGUUACAGAAUCAAUCUUUUGUCCUUGGUUAGAAUAGAAAAUAGUGGAUAACAACAUCUCUUGUA